CCUGGCGGCGGGCGCUGUCCGGUGCUGAAGCCGGGCCGGCGCCGCCGCAGGAGUGAGAGGCGGAGGCGCUGGCGGCCGCGCGCCUGGCUCGGCCCCGUGUGGGGUGGACGGAGCGCCGCGGGAAUGGGGCCGCCGCUCCCGCUGCUGCUGCUGCUACUGCUGCCGCCACGCGUCCUGCCCGCCGCCCCCCCGCCCGUCCCCCGUGGCCGGCAGCUCCCCGGGCGCCUGGGCUGCUUGCUUGAGGAUGGCCUUUGUGGCUUGGCGGAACUCUGUGUUGAUGAUGGCAUGUUUGGAAGGUGCCAGAAGUUUCCAGCAACAGACUUACACAGCUAUGAAUUGUCCCCUGAGGCUCUGCAGCACCUGAGUAUCACCUGGCAGAAGCUCUCCCAAACAGGUCUCACGUGGCAGGAUGACUAUACCCAGUAUGUGAUGGCCCAGGAGCUCGCAAACCUCCCCAAAACCUACCCCCGGCAUCCCGAGGCGUCCACACAGGCCAGGGCCUGGAAGCAGAGCAGUGGCUCAGUAGGGAGGCGUGGCCUGGGGGACGAUGCAGCCCUGGCCAGGGCCCUGCAGCGCUACCUGCCAUAUCUGGGGGCUCUGUCCCGGGACUCGGCCGCCAAAGCACACCCCAGGAUGGAGCAUGGCGACCCGGCUGACGAGGGUGCUGACUCCCUCCCCGAGAGCAUCCUGACAUACAUGGCCCGCACCUCUGCGUUGACCUAUCCUCUGGGGCCCCGGGCCCAGCCCCCCGAGGGCCUCCAGCUGCGGACCUUCAGCCAGGCCCAGCCUGAUGAGCUCAGCCCCAAGGCGGACGGAGGCAUGGACACACAUCAUCUGGUGGCAGCCCUUGGUGCCUACACUGCUCAGAGGCUGCCUGCGUCCUCCAGGGAGGACGACCUGGGGCCACAGCACCUCCUGCACGUGCCCCCACAAGUGCCCAGGCCCCUCUCGGCACUCACCGCCUCCCAGAAGUGGCCUCUGCCUCCAGGAGACUCCAAAGAGAAGCCUGGCACUGGUGAAGGAGCCCUGAUACAGAGCCUCCUGCGAGACCUGAGGAGGCACCAGGUGGAUGUCGAGAGCCUCAGUCCUCUGGAGCUCAAUGAGACACCUGGCCUAACCACUGGCGUGGCUCAAGGUGUGGGUCCAGCAGGACGUUGGGGUGGAGCUGAAGAGCAGCUGCAUGGCCCAGAGCCAGCCCUCUCCAGAGACAGCCUGCGAGAUAGCAGAGUGCCCGACUACGAUGACAGCGCUUACAAAGAGGUCACUCGUCUGAGCACCACACUUGGGGAUGUACUGCGGGAUCCUGGGGCUCGACUUGUGCCUGGCGCCCCUGUCCCUGCCAAAUCCCUCCAAACGGAGAUGAAGAAGUCAGCCCACCCCGAGGGGUCCUUGUCUUCGGAAGAGGAGGACGCUGGAGUGGAAAAUGUCCGGAGUCAGACAUACUCCAAAGACCUGCUGGAGAGGAAGCCUCAUUCAGAGCCUGUGGCGGACGGGGUUGGGGAGCUCCAAAGCUGGGCCCCGGGGGCUCUGGAGGAGGCGGCCCCCCGGGCAGGAGUGCGGGAGCCCCCUGGCACAGGCCUGCAGCUGGAAGCCCAGGCAUCGGAGGAGGACAACUGUGGCUACAUCCUGACGGACCGCGACCCCCUGAGCCUGGAGAAGGGGAGGCAGCUGACUGACGCCCUAGCCCACCUGCUGCGCCUGCCAGCCAGUGCCUUCACCGACAUCAAUGUUUUGGGACCAGCGGUGACCUUCAAGGUGAGCGCCAAUGUCCAAAACAUGACAACUGCAGAUGUCGCGAAGGCCACAGUUGACAACAAAGCCAAACUGCAGGAAGCCUCUGGACUGAGAGUUCUUCAAGCCGGAACCGGGGCGAGAAGCAAGCUCAAGCUUCUGCCUCAGCAGGCAGAGCCGGAGGACUCGACCAAGUUCGUGGUGCUCACCCUGGUGUCCAUCGCCUGCAUCGUGGGCGUCCUCCUGGCCUCUGGCCUCAUCUACUGCCUGCGGCACACCUCUCACCACAAGCUGAAGGAGAAGCUGUCCGGACUAGGGGGCCACGCAGGCACAGAUGCCACCGCUGCCUACCAGGAGCUGUGUCGCCAGCGCAUGGCUGCACGGCCACCUGACCGUCCCGAGGACCCGCACGUGUCUCGUAUCAACAGCGUCUCAUCCCAGUUCAGCGAUGGGCCCAUCCCGAGCCCCUCUGCACGGAGCAGCACCUCAUCCUGGUCUGAGGAGCCCGUCCAGUCCAACAUGGACAUUUCUACUGGCCACAUGAUCCUGUCCUACAUGGAGGAUCACCUGAAAAACAAGAACCGGCUGGAGAAGGAGUGGGAGGCACUGUGUGCAUACCAGGCGGAGCCCAGCAGUUCAUCCGUGGCCCAGAGGGAGGAGAACGUGCCCAAGAACCGCUCCCUGGCUGUGCUGACGUACGACCACUCCAGGAUCCUGCUGAAACCAGAAACCAGCCACAGCAACUCAGACUACAUCAACGCCAGCCCUAUCAUGGACCAUGACCCGAGAAGCCCUGCGUACAUUGCCACCCAGGGGCCCCUUCCUGCUACUGUGGCCGACUUCUGGCAGAUGGUGUGGGAAAGCGGCUGUGCAGUCAUCGUCAUGCUGGCCCCACUCUCGGAGAACGGCGUCAGGCAGUGCCACCACUACUGGCCAGACGAAGGCUCCAACCUCUACCACGUCUACGAGGUGAAUCUGGUCUCUGAGCACAUCUGGUGUGAGGACUUCCUGGUGAGGAGCUUCUAUCUGAAGAACCUGCAGACCAGUGAGACGCGUACGGUCACCCAGUUCCACUUCCUGAGCUGGUAUGACCAGGGAGUCCCUUCCUCUGCAAGGUCCCUUCUGGAUUUCCGCAGAAAAGUAAACAAGUGCUACAGGGGCCGUUCUUGUCCAAUAAUUGUUCAUUGCAGUGAUGGCGCGGGCCGGAGCGGCACCUACGUCCUGAUCGACAUGGUUCUCAACAAGAUGGCCAAAGGUGCUAAAGAGAUUGAUAUCGCAGCCACCCUGGAGCACUUGAGGGACCAGAGACCCGGCAUGGUCCAGACAAAGGAGCAGUUUGAGUUUGCACUGACAGCGGUGGCGGAGGAGGUGAACGCCAUCCUCAAGGCCCUGCCCCAGUGAGCAGCCGCUGCCUCCUCGGAGGAGCCACUGCCCCCCCGCGUCCCUGGGAAUGCCGAUACGACUUCAACCUUCUGUUAAACCUCCUGUGUCUUCUGUUGUAACCGCAUAGAAAAAUAGGGUCCUUAAAACUCCCGUAGUCAGUACACUUUAGCAGUUAAAAUGAGCAUUUCUGUUUAACCAAAUAAUAAUAGAGAUUGGUGGAAAAAUCCAGUUACGGGAAGAGGGGAGCCAUUUAUCUAUCUCUAGUUUCUUUAAAAAAAAAAAAUUACUUUUCCUUGAAGUAUACAUUCACGUCCUUAACCACUGCCGUCAUAGUCACGAUGCGGUGAUGAGCACAGUCGAUGCUGUGAGUGAGACUUUCUGGCCCUGGGUUAGCCGUGCAGGGAGGGGCACCACAGAGGCCACUAGUCACGUCUGACACUUGUCCUCGAGAUGGUCUGUCGCUGGAGACACCACAGGGAGGAACUGUUAGUGCCCAUACCUCUGGGGCAAAUAAAAUCAUCACAGCACCUCGAGGCCCUCACCACCCUGUGUCCACACUCUGCCCUGAGCCCUGGGGACAGCCCUGCCACACAUGUUGCCCAAGGAAGGACCAAGGGCUCCCCCAGGAACACCUGCUUCUGAGUCCGUGACUGUCUCAGUUUUCCAAACUUACAGAUGAAACCCAACCCUGAGACACAUUUUAACAUUAAAACACUGAUUUCAUUGCAAAAAUGGUUGCUGUUAGUGAACACUUUCCUGUGACAUUUCUGAGAUCAGGAAGAACAAAUCUGAGCAUUUAACAACCUCUGCGCUCUCCGCCCGGCCCUGCUGGCUGCCCGGAGCAGGCUGUGGACAUGUCCCCUCCAGGAAGGCCGGUGUUUGCUUCCACUGUGGGAUCACAGCCCCUGGGAAGACAGUGAGGUGCACACAGCAGCCCCGCUGCCUCCCAGGACUCCAGGGGUGGUUUAAGGAAGCCUUGUCCAGUGCAUAGAGGUGACCUGGGUUUGCCAAAAUAACAUGUGAGCAUCAGAUUUGCCAUCACCCCCCAGAAACAGGAAAAUCCGCUUCAUUAAACUCAGAACAGUAAGGUCCAAAAGGGAAUGAGGGUAUUGGGGUGCAACGCAUACAUCGCGUGGCAGCGAGGCAGGAAGAAGAUGCCCCCGCUGUGGUGUCCCCGCCCUUCAUCUCCACAGAAACCACUCCACAGGGCAGACAGAGGGAGAGCCGAGGAGUGGAGAGAAAGAGGCCAAAACGUCAUCUGUGUCUAAAUGGUGUAACGUAGGCCGCUUUGAUUAUCUGUCAUUUCCUUUCCAAAAUUGUUUCUAUCUGGAAUUUAAAUAAUUAAUAGAAGUGAAUUUAUCUGAAUAUAGGAAGUAUAGACCUACUUGUAAUUUCUAACUUCUUAUGUUUCAAAAGAAAUCCUCCAGUGUGAGAUAUAUAAAUAUAUUUAAUGGUGUCAUAUUAAACUUCUGAUUUCA